CAAAGCUUCUCUUCUGAAAAUUGCAGAGAGAGAGAGGAGAGAGACAUUGAUUGAUAGAGAGAGAGAGUAUGAAGCAGAGGUUGGUAUUUGCAGUGAAUGGGGAGAAGAAAGAGGUCUUUAACAUACACCCAUCUACCACUUUGUUAGAAUUUCUUCGCACCGAAACACCCUACAAAGGAGCCAAACUAGGGUGUGGAGAAGGAGGUUGUGGAGCUUGUGUUGUGCUUCUUUCAAAGUAUAACCCUGUAAAUGGUGAUGUGGAGGAUUUCACAGUGAAUUCAUGCUUGACCCUUCUGUGUAGUUUAGAUGGUUGUUCAAUCACUACAAGUGAAGGACUUGGAAAUUGCAGAGAUGGAUAUCACUCUGUUCAUCAGAGAAUUGCAGGUUUCCAUGCGUCUCAAUGUGGUUUUUGCACUCCUGGAAUGUCUAUCUCUCUCUUCUCAGCGCUCAUUAACGCGGAUAAAACCUCUGGAUCCAAGCCUCCAAAUGGGUUUUCGAAACUCACUGUUUCUGAGGCGGAGAGGGCUAUAGCUGGAAACUUGUGUAGGUGCACCGGUUAUAGACCUAUUAUCGACACUUGUAAGAGCUUUUGCAGAGAUGUAGACAUGGAGGAUCUUGGUUUCAACUCCUUUAGCAAAAAGGGAGAGCCUUUAGAUGUGAACAAGUUACCUCCUUAUAAUCAACACAAAGUCUGUACCUUCCCUGAAUUUCUCAAGCCUGAAACCAAAUUAACUUAUGAAUUUAGUGAGAGAAAUUUGAAUCUUGUGGAUAAGAAUGGAAUGGAUGAACUGCGAGACAGGACUUGGGCAUCCCCAUCGAGUAUGAGAGAGCUUCUCAAUGUAUUGGCAUCAGAAGCAAAUGAGAAUGGAGCUCAAGUGAAAAUAGUUGCCGGAAAUACCAGUUCAGGUAUCUAUAAAAGACCUGAGACUUGUUGUAGGUUUAUCGAUAUUAGGCAUAUUCCUGAGCUUUUGGUAAUAAGACGAGAUGAUUUAGGGAUUGAAAUUGGGGCUUGUGUGACUAUUUCUAAGGCCAUUAAAGCUUUAGAUGAGGAAGUUUCACUUGAGGCUGCAUCAAGCUUGAUUUUCGAGAAAAUUGCAAAUCAUAUGAACAUAGUUGCUUCAAAAUUUAUUAGAAAUACAGCUACUCUGGGGGGUAACUUAAUUAUAGCCCAAAGAGAUGAGUUUCCUUCAGAUAUAGCAACUAUUCUCCUUGGUGCUGGUUCAUCAGUCACAAUUCAGACCCCUAGAGAAACUCUCUCUCUAACAUUAGAGGAGUUCCUUGAAACGCCUCCAUGUGAUUCACAAACUUUACUCAUUAGCAUUCAAAUACCAAGUUGGAAUCAAUUCCACUCUCCCUCUAAAACCAAUGGUAGAAAUGGAUCAGAAAGAGAGAAAAGAUUGAUGUUCGAGACUUAUCGAGCUGCUCCAUAUCCACUAGGAGGUGCCUUGGCCUAUCUUAAUGCUGCUUUUAUGGCUGAGGUUUCAGUGGAUGAAUCCAACGGGGACCUUGUUUUGGGUAGUCUCAGGUUGGCUUUUGGUGCAUAUGGGACUAGACAUGCUAUGAGGGCAAAGAAGGUUGAGGAGUUUUUGGAAGGAAAGUCCCUUACCCCUGAAAUUUUACUUGAAGCUAUUCAAAUCCUUAAAAUGUUUAUUUUUCCAAAAGAAGGCAUCAGAAAAUCUGGCUACAGGUCAAGUUUAGCUGUUGGGUUUCUCUUUGAUUUCCUUUCUCCCCUUGUUAAGGGUUUGGCAGAACCCAAGCAAAGAUUAAAACUAGAGGAGCAUGAUUUAUUUGUAAGUUCAAAAAUUCAAAACAAAUCACAAAAUGGAUACACUAAUGCUGUAAAGGGUGAUUCUUUUGAUAUUAAGCACCAUAAUGGUGUAACUAAUUGCAAUAGUCAUAAGGAGGCUACUACAAAUGGAGGGAGCAUAAGUGUUCAUGGUCAAUCCGCUCAAAGUUAUCUUUCGAAGAAACCAACAUCAUUUUUUCGAUCAAUGCAAAUGGUUGAAGUUCAUGGGGACUAUGGUCCAGUUGGCCUCCCCACAAAGAAGGUUGCUACUGAGAUUCAGGCUUCAGGUGAAGCUAUAUAUGUUGAUGACAUACCUUCCCCAAAGGAUUGCCUUUAUGGAGCAUUUGUCUAUAGCCAGAAGCCUUUCGCUAGUGUAAAACAUAUUGAAUUUGAUUCCUUAAUGGAAUCUCCAGGAGUAGUUUCAUUUGUUUCAGUUAAGGACAUACCAAAAGGAGGAGAAAAUAUAGGCUCUGAGUCGAUAUUUGGGAAAGAAACCUUAUUUGCCGAUGAUCUUACAGAGUAUGCAGGUCAACCCAUCGGUGUGUUGAUAGCAGAAACACAAAAACAUGCUAAAAGAGCUGCCGAUCAAGUAAAGGUGUACUAUGAUACCAGUGGUCUGAGACAACCUAUUUUAUCCGUAGAAGAAGCAGUAGCUCAAUCUAGUUUUUUCGAGGUCCCAGAGUUCUUUUGCCCAAAGCAAGUGGGUGAUUUCUCAAAAGCACUAGCUGAAGCAGACCACAAGAUCCUUUCUUCCAAGGUAGAAAUUGGAUCUCAGUACUAUUUUUAUAUGGAAACACAAACAGCACUUGCUAUACCAGAUGAGGAUAACUGCAUUACCGUUUACUCUUCAACUCAAGUCCCAGAGACGACCCAGGUUGUUGUCGCGAAAUGCCUAGGUGUUCCGGAACACAAUGUCCGCGUUAUUACGAGAAGGGUGGGUGGAGGCUUUGGUGGAAAGGCCUUUAGAUCCAUCCCUGUUGCAGUCGCAUGUGCACUUGCAGCACACAAAUUGCGACGCCCAGUUCGUAUGUACCUCGAUCGCCAGACUGAUAUGAUAAUGACUGGGGGAAGGCACCCAAUAAAGGUCACGUACACAGUGGGUUUCAAUUCCGAUGGGAAAAUCACUGCCCUCCAUUUUGAUGCAUUGAUAGAUGCUGGAAUAUCACCUGAUACAAGCCCGAUCAUGCCCAAGACCAUUGUCAAUGCAUUGAAAAAGUACAAUUGGGGUUCUCUCUCUUUUGAUUUCAAGGUGUGCAAAACUAAUUUCCCGAGCAAAUCAGCCAUGAGAGCACCUGGAGAUGCUCAGGGCUCUUUUAUAGCCGAAACCAUCAUUGAACAUGUGGCAUCAUCUCUUUCUAUGGAUGCCAAUUCCAUUCGUGAAAAGAAUCUCCACACUUUCUCGAGUCUCAAUUUGUUCUAUGGAGACAGUGUAGAGAAUGCCGCUUCAUAUACUUUACCUCUAAUUAUGGACAAAUUGGUUUCAUCAUCGUGUCUCAACCAGAGAAUCCAAACUAUCCAACAAUUUAACAGUAUGAAUAGAUGGAAGAAACGGGAAAUCUCUCUCUUACCCAUUAUUUACGAAGUGUCUCCAAGGCCAACACCAGGACGAGUGAGCAUUCUUAAUGACGGUUCAAUAGUUGUUGAGGUGGGAGGAGUCGAGAUAGGCCAGGGGCUUUGGACCAAAGUGACACAAAUGACUGCUUUUACUCUCGGUCAGUUAUGGAAAAAAGGAAAUGAAGAGAUUUUGGAGAAGAUUCGAGUUGUUCAAUCCGAUACAAUAAGUUUGGUGCAAGGAGGGUACACAGCUGGAAGCACCACAUCUGAAUCGAGCUGUGCUGCUGUGGGGCUUGCUUGCAAUAUCUUGGUCGAAAGGCUUGCUCCCAUCAAGGCAAAUUUACUAGGCAAAAUGCAGCUAGUUUCAUGGGAUGCUCUGGUUCGUCAAGCACAUAUGCAGGCAGUGAACUUGUCAGCAAAUGCAUAUUGGACCCCUGAUAUGAGUUCAAGUAGUUACCUGAAUUUUGGUGCAGCUGCAAGUGAGGUGGAGAUAGACCUUCUGACUGGAGCUACAACAAUUUUAAGAACAGAUAUCACUUAUGACUGUGGAAGAAGCCUGAACCCUGCUGUGGAUCUUGGACAGAUUGAGGGAGCGUUUGUUCAAGGAAUCGGAUUCUUCACGCUUGAAGAGCAUGUUGUGAACUCUGAAGGGAUGGUGGUAUCAGAUGGGACAUGGACAUAUAAGAUACCAAAUAUUGACACCAUACCCAAGCAAUUCAAUGUCGAGUUCUUUAGCAGCGGCCAUCACAAGAAACGAGUUCUCUCAUCUAAAGCAUCAGGAGAGCCUCCAUUGCUUCUGGCUGUUUCAGUUCAUUGUGCUAUGAGAGGCGCCAUUAAAGAGGCUAGGAAAGAGCUUCAGUCUUAUAAAACUAGCUCAAAUGAACAAAUUGGAGAAGACUGUUCAGCCAUCUUUAGAAUGGACACUCCUGCGACCAUGGAUCUGGUGAAGAGGCUGUGUGGGCUGGAGAAUGUUGAGAGAUAUUUACAGAGUCUGGUCCAUCACCAUUGAGAAGCUCUCUCUCUCUCUCUCUCUCUCUAUAUAUAUAUAUAUAUAUAUAUAUGUAAAAUACUUGUAGAACAGAUUAAUGUAUUAAUUUAUUCAUCUUUAACAUGCGACAAUCAUGUCCCUGUGUUUGAUGUCUGUAAUAUCCGAAGAGAAUAGGAUUCCUUGGUCCACAGCUUAAGUUAGCAUGGUUAUAUUUAUGGAAAAAGAAAAGAAAGAAACAUUUGGGUU